GGCUGCAUUUCACAGGAAACCAAGCCUAAAACGUACCUAUCAGGAGGUUUUCUGCUGAAGGGUACUGCUUAGCAUUGAGAAGAAUUCAACCCACUGCCUUAUUGAUUUCCAGCACCCCAAGGUCUCCGAGCUACAGCCCCUCCUCACAGGAGACGGACACCUCAGCCCAGAUCCCUUGGUGCUCUCCACGCUGUUCAGGCUGAAUUGAAGAUCCCUCUUAUCUGCCGGGUGCCAAGAACCAUGAACAGGCAGGGCAAUAGAAGGACAACUAAAGAAGGAACCAACGAUUUGAAAUUCCAGAACUUCAGUCUGCCAAAAAACAGGUCAUGGCCUCACCGCAAUAGUGAAACAGGCCAGUACCAGAGGAUUAACAAGCCUCUCCCAGACUGCGAAAGAAACUUUGCUGCAGUCUUGGAUGGAGCAAAAGGCCACAAAGAUGAUGACUAUGAUGACCCUGAGCUUCGGAUGGAAGAGACAUGGCAGUCGAUUAAAAUUUUACCAGCCCGGCCUAUAAAGGAAUCUGAAUAUGCAGAUACACGCUAUUUCAAAGUCGCAAUGAACACUCCCCUUCCGUUAGACACCAGGACCUCUAUCCCCAUUGGACAGCAGACCUGGAACACACAGACGAGGUUGGAAAGAGUGGACAAGCCCAUUUCCAAGGACAUCAGAAGCCAAAACAUUAAAGGAGACACAUCCAUAAGAAAGAACAAGAUUCCUGUACCACCUCCUCGGCCUCUCAUCACACUUCCGAAGAAGUACCAGCCCUUGCCGCCUGAGCCGGAGAGCAGCAGGCCACCUUUAGCUCAGAGACACACAUUUCCGGAAGUCCAGAGAAUGGCCAGUCAGAUAAGCUUAAGGGACUUAAGUGAGGUCCUUGAAGCAGAAAAAGUCCCUCAUAACCAGAGGAAGCCUGAAUCAACUCAUCUGUUACAAAACGAAAAUUCUCAAGAGAUUCCACUUGCCAUUAGCAGUUCUUCAUUCACGACGAGCAACCACGGUGUGCAAAACAGAGAUCAUAGAGGAGGCAUGCAGCCCUGUUCUCCUCAGAGAUGCCAGCCUCCAGCCAGCUGUAGCCCUCAUGAAAAUAUACUACCCUAUAAAUACACAAGCUGGAGACCACCUUUCCCCAAAAGGUCUGAUAGAAAGGAUGUGCAGCACAAUGAAUGGUACAUUGGAGAAUACAGCCGCCAGGCAGUCGAAGAGGCAUUCAUGAAGGCGAACAAGGAUGGUACUUUCUUGGUCCGAGACUGUUCCACAAAAUCCAAGGAAGAGCCCUAUGUUUUGGUUGUGUUUCAUGGGAACAAAGUCUACAAUGUAAAAAUCCGCUUCCUGGAGAGGAAUCAGCAGUUUGCCCUGGGGACAGGACUCAGAGGAGAUGAGAAGUUUGAUUCAGUAGAAGACAUCAUCGAACACUACAAGAACUUUCCCAUUAUACUGAUUGAUGGGAAAGAUAAAACUGGGGUCCAUAGGAAACCGUGUUACCUCACUCAGCCAUUCCCUCUCACCAGACACCUCUCACCUCCGUAGCCUGGUCUUUGUGUUAUCUUUGGCUUACUGGAUUCAGCCCUUUCAUCGUUUUCAUUGAUUUCAAAAGAUUAUUGUCUGUGCCUUCAAGGGAUGAUUUUUUUGACUUUGUAGAAAAGAAAAACACUCUAUAACAGAGAGUGGAAAAUCAAUCACGGUUUUGAAAGUUCAAACCACAGAGAAAAUAUUUAUAACAUGCAAAAAAUAAAAACAUUCUAGUAACCGGCCACUGGACAAUAAAUAAAAAUAAAUAAAAACUA